GUUCGCCGGGCGCCAAUGCAUCUCACGAACAUUCGGAGCGGUCUAGACCACUCAGUGGCUUCUGCAUAUGUAUGGGAUACCAUUUGCUCCCGGGGGAUCCUAAAAAGCAGGGGCCUUGGCGCCACCCAAAUGCAGCCAUCGUCAGCCAAGCUAACUUAUCCUUCACUUCGAGGCUAAGAUCUCCCGAGGCUUACUGCGCGUUCUAGACUCGAUAGAUCCUUUGGCCCUGGUCCAACGUCAUCACGGUACUGGUUCGUCUUUAUGUAGCUAAGCCCAUGAACCAUUCUCGUGGAACCCAUACGGGUUAGGUAAGAAGCUAGAGCUUAAUUCAGAAUGGAAUCGUUAAGCGAACUCCAGCUCGUCGUCGCUGCGGCUGAACAUGAAUGGGAGGGUGAGUUAUUCAGCUGGGACAUUGAGUUUGAAUUGAGGGUUGAGUUUGGUAGAUAUGGCUGUUGAAGAAAGUGUAUAUAUGGGGUGGGUGGCCGACGCUUACAUGAGUAAGACGAAGAAAAAAGGUAUUUGAUAUAUCAUUAUCUAGUUUCUUGCCGGUCUUAUGGAUGUUCCACCUCCAAUUCCGCCGCGACCACCCGGCUACGAGAUUCGGGGUCCGGCACACCCUCCUCUGCCUGCCCGGCCAGAUCCAUCUCGAUCACAGCAGUACCGUGAAACCCCACCACCGCCGCCUCCUCGACUACAAGGCGCAUCUCAGGCGUCAGCAACAUGGGGUCCGUUAUCGCAUCCCGAUGGCACGGCGACUCCACUCAUGGAGGCCUUGCUGGCUGCCUUCUUUGCCUGUCUAGACCCUCAGCGCACGGGCACCAUUACGCCUGAGGCGCUAUCAUCCUUCUUAGAAGUAAAUGGAUUUACAACUGAAGAUAAUAUCUGUAUGUGCGCUUACUCAUGUUGCCUAACAAUUCACAAUGCUAACGCGCAUAUCAUUAACCGUAAAGGGAAAUCAAACUUGAAACCAAGCAUCAUGUUCCAGCCCCAAGACCUGGCGGACUAUGAGCUAAAAGCCGCCUGCGAAGCGUGGUUCUUCGAGCACCGCGUCGCCGUGCGUAGUCCGGGACGAGCGCAGCUCCCGUACGGGGGAAUGCCGCUAUUAACACUCCGCGGCUUCACCGACAUGAUAUCCGUAGAACACGCAGGCGACCCGGAGCGAGGAUGGCGCGGCACCAACGCGGCGCUGCGAUACUACGGCAUCUGGCGGGAUCGCGGGCCGCUCCCUCGCGAUUGCUUGUUGUCCGGCCCGGACAUGCCGGGCGAGUUACGGCGACGCAUAGAACAGGCCGGGGUGCGCAGUCGGAAGACGGCUGCCGAACGUCUCGAAGCGAACCGCGUGAGGCUUGCACUGCAGGCACAGGGGCGCAGACAUGCUGAGGAAAUUUCGGGUGAUUAUUACUAUGUUAGGAGAGACUGGUAGCGGCUUUUUCUCUAUCAGAUAAGCGACUGCGACAUUCGCGGCGGAACGGGUCGCCCCAUCUGGUGAUUUUGGACCUGCGUGCGUAAUGCGUUGCGUGGGGUUUGGAGGUGCUUUGCCCGCGAUUGUGGUUACUGUCGUCAUCGUUCGGGGGUGUGUAAUUUACGAGUGUACGAAAUCGUUAACGAAUGUUGGUUGACAUCGGGCGAGCGCCAGGGGAAGGUAGGGUGUGCUGAUACAGUGAUUAUGCAAUGGU